UCUUUCCAUGGCAUACGGGCUUUAUGUGUCAUGUGACCUAGACUCAGCCAUCUUGUGGAAAACCGAGAGAGAGCCACACAGCUUGAAUACAAACCCUGUGCUGUCAGAACAAGCAGAGGUAAGAUAGUGGAAGUUAAUUAUACUAACCGUUGCCCGUGCGGAGUUUAUCUGUACAAUAAAGUAAACUAUAUUACUGCACAGCCACUACUUUACGAAUCCGGGACGUUUACGAAUGUUGUUAUAACACUAUGCUUAACCUGGCCUUCAAGCACCGGCCUCGAGUUUCUCCGAGGCCGCGUUGCGUUGAGCGGCGUGCGGGGUGGGGUGGCCAGGAAGUGGGGUGCGGACUUCGGCUGGCCGAAGGCCGCAUGUAGAAGGCUAACACUUUAGCAAGUUAUGGUAACUCGUUGACUACAAGUGCCGAGGUGGAGGAUUACAUCAUGUCAUCGUGAUAUGCAUUUUUAAUCCCGGCAUAGCAUUUCUAUAAUCACCCAAAUCUUUACACUUCGUUGUGUGUUUAACGACAUACGGUGUUUAGGUGGGCUCAGCGUCGCAUUUCUUGCUCGUUUUCCUAGAUUGGAGCUAACCUUUAGCCUAGCCUGCCUCGACUAGCACACUGAGUACUGGAUCGCAAGCAUGCUGCAAAGUAACUUAAAUCAAAUCGUUCCGUUCAUUUAAUACCCUCACAACCUCUUGGCUCGACCACUAUUAAUGGUGAUAAAUCACCUUUUGUCGUGAACUAAUGCCAAGUGGGUUGACAUUCAAUUGUUGUAACGUUACUGCAUGCUACCUAAGACUAUGUAACUGGUUUACUGCGAGUACCAGCUAUGCUGAUCUGUAUAUUAAAUCUCAAUGCAUUAAUUACUGCGUUGGAGUAACGUUAGGGAAUACAGGUUAUCUAAUAUUGUCCUGUUGAUAGCCUUUCAUCCGUUAUAUUUCCAGUAUAUCAACGUUAUCCAAAGGGCUAACGCUAAGGUAGCUAUUCUUGGCAUAAUGUAUGACAUGCGUUUUAUGUAGUAACUAAGUCUGCUUCGUAGCCCCACAUUAAGCUGACAUUAUCUUAGUGUUUCUGAAUAGCCAGUUCCGACUUGACCUUUAGUGGCCGACGUUUUGUCUCUAGAACAUAAAUAAAGCUGGCGCAAGUAUUUCCUUAUUUGGCACAGUAAAGGAAAGUGGACGUCGCAGUCGUCAGUGUUGAUCCUGACACCCGAAAGUAUGCAGUUAUCUAAUAGUUUGGUGUGAAUGUUUUGUUUGGUUAGACCAAAGUGGAAGUUUGGAUUUCAGAGAGAGAAUGUGCUUUUUGACCGAGUCAGUGGGAUGACCUGUGGGGUGUAUUGGUGAGCUACACGUGGCUCUCCGACUUGACGGUCAGGACGUACGCUCACGCAAAAACAGUGUCGAGGAAUGUUUCCGUCGCCCUUUGUUUGUGACAAGUAGACAGCCUGUACAAUCGGCUUUGCCUUUUGCAUCGUUGUGACGGUACGAAUAAUACAUUGUGAGCUACACUAAAGUAAGUUACCCAAAUCCGAAUCUUUCGGUCGUCAAAUACUAAGGCUUCGUUUUUUUACGUAUUACUCUGAAGUACACACUAGUAGGAACCGGUGUGGUCAAUUACAGGUGUCUCCGGCAAAACCUCCUCUUUGAGUAGGAAGCAUCCAAAAAUAGCAUCGGAGGAUUGCAUUUGUAUCUUUGUAUUGAAGAGGGCAGGGAUCUUAUGGAGUUAGCUGUAACCAUAUCUAAAAUAUUCUAAUUCCUUUUUUUUGUCAUUCAAUCACCAUUCAAUAACAUUUGAAAUUAAAUUAAGAAGUAUAGGUUUUCUGUAUAGAUAUUCUCUCUAGGUUUUUUGAAAGUUCACUAAAACUAUAAAACUGCGCUAGGUAAGCAGGGGUUUUAGAAUGUCAUGUGCAGUGAGAAUUAAUGUAUAUAUGUAAACAUUGAUUAUAUGUAUUUUUUCUUUCAUGUUUUUAGAACUUAAGGGAAGAAUGGCUGAAACCCAGACACUUAACUUUGGACCAGAAUGGCUCCGUGCCCUGUCCGGAGGUGGUGGUGGUGGCAGUGGAGGCGGUGGGAACAGCAAUAUCCUUGCAUCCUCCCCACCCCUCUCGCCUGCAUUGCCAAAGUAUAAACUCGCAGACUACCGCUACGGGAGAGAAGAAAUGUUAGCACUUUAUGUAAAGGAUAAAGAGAUCCCUAUAGAACUACAUGAUAAGGAGCUUUUGCCUAUCUUACAAGAGGAACCUUUACCCCCACUGGCCCUCGUGUCCUUUACGGAGGAAGAACAGAGAAAUUUUUCCAUGUCUGUAAACAGUUCGGCUGUCCUCCGGCUGACGGGGAGAGGAGGGGGUCCGAUAGUAGGAGCACCAAGGGGUCGGAGCACCUCGAGGGGUAGAGGUCGGGGUCGGGGCGAUGGAGGCUUUUACCAAAGAAGUUUUGACGACGUGGAGGGAGGCUUCGGCCGGGGUGUGCGGGAGAUGCACCGUUCCCAGAGCUGGGAAGAGAGGGGAGACCGAAGGUUUGAAAAGCCAGGAAGGAAAGACCCAGAAGCCCCUCCAGCGCAUUUUCCAAUGAAUCAUAUCCGUGCAAACUACGAGGAGGUGGGCCCCGUCCUGCCAAGGAAGCACGACUUCACGCGCUCGGAGAGUGAGAACUGGCGGUGCUCUCGCGAUGAUCAGAAUGACAUCGCGAGGGCGGCCGCGUGGCGGGAACACCCGGAUCAGCAGCAGCAGGCCCCUCCGCAACAGCCGCGGCGCCGCUUCCCGUUCGACGCCAGGGAGGACGAGCGCGGCUACCGCCGGCCGCGGUCGGGCAGCGGGAGCCUGGAGGAUGAGAGGGACAGCCUGCCCGAGUGGUGCCUAGAGGACGCCGAGGAGGAGACGGGCACCUUCGACUCGUCGGGGGCCUUCCUCUCACUCAAGGUGGGGACUCGGAAAGCCUCCAAGGAGCCCAUCCUGGAGGAAGCGGAGCUGGACUUCAGGCCCCUUGAGGAGUGUGACGAGGGUCUGGAGGAAGAGGACAGUCAGCCGCCGGAGACCAAAGAAACACAAAACGGGGCCAAAAGAGAGGGGGACAGGAAAGAAGAGCGGGCCAGGCUGGCGGAGGAGCCUCCGGUUCCCGCUCCCGUGGCCCCUCGGCCCCAGGGGCCUUCCCUCAGCCAGCCGGUCCGGGCCGAGGAGACGGAGAGGGGUGCGGCACGGCUGGCUGGCGAGAGGCGAUCUCCUCCGGGCCCGCGACAGGAGCCCAGCAAAGCCCCCCUGCAUGUCCCCCUGUCCAACAGCAUGCUAGACCCCCGGCCCAUGUCCCACAUCGCCACCACCCUCGCAGCGGACGUCUCCAUCCCCUCGCCCUCUGUCCAGCGGAGGCACCCCAAGCCCAUGGAGGUUCCCAUGGCGAUGGCCAACCCCCUUCCCUUCGCCAGCAUGAUGGCGGCCAUCGGCCGGCCCAUCAUCGUGCCUCACGUCGUCGACGAAGACGAGGGACUCAAACACUUCGAGCAGGAGGCUGAAAAAAUGGUGGCCUAUCUACAGGAAGGAGUCGUGGAGGACGAGAGGCGUGCCGCUAAGGAGAAGGCCAAGCACCCCGGCUUCCCCCUCACCCACGAGGCCGCCCUAAAGUGGUUCUACAAGGACCCCCAGGGGGAGAUGCAAGGUCCGUUCAGUAACCACGAGAUGACGGAGUGGUUCCAGGCGGGCUACUUCACCAUGAGCCUGCUGGUGAAGAGGGGCUGUGACGACGUCUUCCAGCCCCUGGGGGAGAUCAUGAAGAUGUGGGGCCGGGUGCCCUUCGCCUCGGGCGCCGCUCCACCACCUCUGCAGCAGGCGGACGGUGACCAGGAGAGGUUAAAGAGACACCAGGAGCUCACAGCGCUCAACCUCUAUCAACUGCAACAGCUACAGUAUCAGUACAUCAUCAGGCAGCAGUAUGCCCAGGCUCUUGCCCAGCAGAAGGCUGCAGCCCUCAGCUCGGCCCCUAUUCAGCAGCAGCAGCAACAGCAGCAGCAGAUCAACGUCCUGCUACAACAAUACCAGGCCCUCAAGUUAAGAGCGUCUGAAAGCCUCCUACCUCCUGUCACCCGGUCUAUGUCGAUACCGGUGUCGGUACCGGACACGUUACCGGGCUCCGUUUGGGAGAUGCAGAGCCCCUCGUCUCAGGCCUCGUGCACACCCAGCCUCCAACAGAAUGUACCGUGCUCGUGGGACGGCAGCAGUGUAUGGGACUUGCCAAUCGACUCCAUGGCUCAGGCGCCCACCAUCGAACAGAUGCAGCAGAUAGAGAAGGCCAAGGCUGCAAAGUCGGAGCUUGAGCGGCGCGAGGCGGAGCUCAGGGCCAAACGCGAGGAGGAGGACAGGAAGAGGCUGGAGGAGGCCAUGCGGGCCUGCCAGCAGGCGGAGCGCAGCCGCCUGGAGGAAGAGGAGCGGGUUCGACACAAACAGUGUGUGGUCCUCCAGGAGGAGGCGCUACGGAGGCAGCGGGAGGAGGCCCAGCACAGACGGGAGGAGGAGGAGCGGCAGGCCCAGGAGGAGGCUCUGCGUAGGGGGGAGGAGCGGCGACGGGAGGACGAGGAGCGGAAGCAGCGGGACGAGCUCCUCCGCAAACAGGAGGAGGAGAAGCGGAAACGGGAGGAGCUGGAGGCCCUGCUCCGUCACGAGGAGGAGAAGCGCGCCGAGGCGGAGGCGGAGGCGGCGGCCGGCCUGGUGCGGCUGCAGCAGCAGCAGCAGCAGGAGGAGCUGAAGAAGAGGGAGCAGGAGGCGCAGCGGCAGCAGGAGGCCCUGAAGCAGCAGCAGCAGCAGGAGUCACAGAGGCAGCAGGAGGCGCUGAAGCAGCAGGAGGCCCUGAAGCAGCAGGAGCUGCUGAGGCAGCGGCAGCAGCAGCAGGAGGCGCUGCGGCGGCUGCAACAGCAGCAGCAACAGCAGCAGCUGGCUCAUAUGAAGCUUCCCUCCUCCUCAAAGUGGGGUCAGCAGUCCACCGCCAGCCCGGCCGUCAGCCAGAGCCAGAGCGCCCAGUCGCUCUCGGAGAUCCAGAAGCUGGAGGAGGAGCGCGAGAAGCUGUCCAGGGAGGAGCAACGGCGCCAGCAGCAGGAGCUCCAGAAGCUCCAGCAGCAGCAGGCCCUGCAGCAGGCGCAGCAGCCCACGGCCAAGGCCUCCAGCUGGGGCAGUGUGUCCAAGCCGCCCACCGGCACCAAGUCCCUGCUGGAGAUCCAGCGGGAGGAGGCGCAGCAGAUGAAGCAGCGCAAGGACCACCAGCCGCAGUCUCACCCCACCAUCACGCAGACCAGCCGGGCCCAGAACAGAGCUCCCUCGCUGAGCUCCUCCGUGUGGGGCGCCGUCAGCCCGGGCUCCGGCGCCAACUGGGGCUCCGACCCCAGCAGCAUCUGGGGCGACGCCCAGAACGCCAACAUGGGCUUCUGGGACGAGGCGGUGAAGGAGGUCCAGCACGCCCCCCAGCUUCCCCAGCCUCCCCCGCCACAGCCGCUGCCCCCCCAGCAGCAGCAGCCGCAGCCGACGCCCCCCCAGACCCAGCAGCAGUCCAAGAAGGGCAACACUCCCAAGAACAACAAGAGCAACGCCAACCUCAGCAACUCUGUGAGCAGCAGCCGGGCCAGCAAGAAGGCGGCGGAGGAGGAGGAGAAGCUCCUGAAGCUGUUCCAGACGGUCAACAAGAGCCAGCAGGACGGCUUCACGCAGUGGUGCGAGCAGAGCCUGCACACGCUCAACACGGCCAACAACCUCGACGUCCCCACGUUCGCGUCCUUCCUGAAGGAGGUAGACUCCACGUACGAGGUGCACGACUACGUGCGGGCCUACCUGGGCGACACCCCCGAGGCCAAGGAGUUUGCCAGGCAGUUCCUGGAGCGCCGUGCCAAACAGAACAGCAAUCAAGCACAGCAGCAACAGCCGCAGCCGGCCCAGAACCAGCAGAAGCAGGCAGCACAGAACCAGCAGCAGGCACUCAAGCAGCAGCAGGCCCGCGAGGCCAAGGAGUCGCAGAAGAAGCAGGUGGAGUCUCUGUGGGGCGGGACGGACUCCUCCCCGUCGUACCAGUCCAACCACACCGGUGCCCACCAGCCGCGCUUCGAGACCGUCACCUCAGGGAAGAAGAAGAAAAAGCAGAAGAUGGUCCGUGCCGACCCCAGCCUCCUAGGUUUCUCCGUGAACGCUGCGUCAGAGAGACUGAACAUGGGCGAGAUUGAGACUGUGGACGAGUAACGUCCUGCUGCCAACCGACCCCACGGACUGUUUGUGUUUUGAGCAGCAAACCGUUUUACAACCCCCCCCACCCGCAAAGUACUCCAACCAUUUUCUGCCGCCUCCUCCCCCCGCGCGUUUCCCAAACCAGCGUUCUCAGACAGGGAGGGGGGGGUCACAGGAAGUGCCCUAAAGGACCCAAGAUUCAAACUAGAAGAUCCACGCUAACAAGACUCCACAAAUGAACUCCGAAGAACGAGGGAGUUGGGAUUUCUUCCGUCUGCUGUUGACGCCCCCCCCCC